CUGACUGGACUGAUCCCACCUCGCAACACUGACUGCAUUGUGUCUCCCUUUGCUGUUUGUUUACGUCCAAUCAAGCGAGUAGGACGAGGAAACACUGCUGGGAUGGACACUGCAAAUCAGCUUGCAUCCGCGGGGACCUUUCAGGUGCUUAAACUACCUCUGGGAUUUAUCCGUGUUUUGGAAUGGGUCUUUGCCAUAUUUGCCUUCGCAACAUGUGGGGGCUACUCUGGGCAGCUGCGGGUUAGUGUGGACUGCAUGGAGAAGACCAGCAGCAACCUUAGCAUUGCCAUUGACUUUGCUUAUCCUUUCAGGUUGCACCAGGUGACGUUUGAAGCACCCAUGUGUGAGGGCAUGAGGAGGGAGCGCCUCUUUCUCAUUGGAGACUUUUCAUCCUCUGCGGAGUUCUUCGUUACAAUUGCAGUCUUUGCUUUCCUCUACUCACUUGUUGCCACCGUUGUCUACAUCUUCUUUCAUAACAAGUACCGUGAAAACAACCGAGGACCACUGAUCGAUUUUGUUGUGACCGUUGUAUUCUCCUUCAUGUGGCUCGUCAGCUCUUCUGCUUGGGCCAAAGCUCUGUCUGAUGUCAAGUUAGCUACACAUCCGGAUGAGGUUCAGCUUCUUAUUUCUGCCUGUAAAGAUCAGAGAAAUAAAUGUGGCUCUGUGCAGGAACCACACUGGUCUGGACUCAACAACUCAGUGGUGUUUGGAUUCCUCAACUUUGUUCUCUGGGCGGGGAACAUCUGGUUUGUCUUCAAGGAGACUGGUUGGCACAAAGGUGCUACCAGGUUUGUGGCCGGGGCCUCCGAGAAGCAGACCGGCACCUUCACCCAGCAGACCCGCAACCAGGGCAGCUUUGAUCAGUCUGGGAGCUACAACACCCAGGGAGACCUGGACCAGCCAUCCGAGUACAGUCAGGUUGGAGGGCUUUCCUCCUACGGCAAUCAAAUGUAGCUUGCCUUUUUAUACCUUGAGUGGUGCUUCCGCAUUCUAAACAUGGCAACAGGUGAUAGCAAUGUCGGAAAAAAAGAUGACCAAGAAGUUAGAAGAGUUUAAGUCCAAUAAAUUAAAGUUUUGUCAGGUAUAUUUUUACU